UGCGACCAGGACUGGAAAAGUUUGUUUGCAAAAGCGCUCACUACCGUUGCGUGAGGCCUUCCAGGCCUUGCCCUAGCCAUGGGGGGAUCCGCUCUCCCCGUUCUCGUAUAUGAACUGAGGCCACCCCGUACCCCCAUCUCGCCCGCAACGUCCCAAACUCCCACCAGAGCUGUCGCAGUCUUUCCCUACGAGCGUACGCUCCCCACGUUCUUUCGAACACCACAUUCACUUUUGCGAAUCCGCCUCAGCCCUGGUCGGCUCGUUCCCUGCGCUCUUCAAGAAGUCGCCUGUCCUGUCCAACUAGCAACGCACGAGAUACCCUGUAUAUCCACAUCAACAUGUCCUCCAUGACCAAGAUCAGUCUUUUGGCCCUCGUCGCCGCCGCCGCCGCUCACCCCUCCUACGGUGGUCACUCCAAGUUCCACUCCAAGCCUGCCGCUGGCACUGGAAAGCCCUACCCCACUGGCGGCUGGUCUGGCAACUACAACAGCACCCAGGUCCCUGCCGGCACUGCUUCAUACGAGCAGGGCAGGACUUCCACCAUCGACACGACCACCACCUCCACCAAGACCAUCUACUCCACCAUCUACGGAACUCCUGCGUCCCAGUCCGCCGUUGUUGAGAACGUCUCUUCCAAGCCUGCUGGCAACCAGUGCGGUCCUGCUACCGUCACCGUCACUGCUACUGAGAAGGCCACCGUCACUGUUACCCCUGGUGCUUCCUCCGCCUACUCUGCUGGCGUUGUUUCCUCCUACGUCGCUCUUCCUUCCUCCAAGGCCGGCGAGUACGAUGCUUCCAGCUAUAUUGUCGUCUCCUCGACUCCCGCUGCUGAGAAGCCCACUUCCUCCAAGCCUGCCGUCGAGACUGCGUACAGCUCCAAGGCUGUCGUAGCUUCAAGCUCCAAGGCUGAGGAGUACGAGGCCUACACCUCGUCUACCUCCCUCCCUGCUAUCACCUCGGUUGCCCAGAAGGAGUACAGCGCCGCAGUUCCCUCUUCCACUGCUGCUUCUUCCUCCGCUGCCCCUACGUCCUCCAGCACCCCCACCUACAGCGGAACCAAGCGUGGUCUUGCCUACAACGACGGUGAGCUCUGCGCUUCCUUCGGCUCCAACUUCGGCUUCGCCUACAACUGGGCCCAGACCGAGAGCAAGGAUGUCGGCGCUCCCUUCAUUCCCAUGAUGCACAAGGUCUCGGACUCCACCGCCGAGGCUUGGUUGGCCAACGUCGACAAGGCCGUCAAGGCCGGCUCCAAGGCUGUCAUGGGCUUCAACGAGCCCGACCACGCUGAGCAGGCCAACCUUACCCCUGAGGCCGCCUGCACCGCAUGGAAGGAGUACAUGAACCCCAUCGCCUCAUCGCAUCCCGACGUCACCAUCCUCGGUCCCUCCGUCACCAACGGCGCCGCCCCCAUGGGUCUCGACUGGCUGUCCCGCUUCCACGACGGCUGCCCCGACGCCAUCGUGCACGCGACCAACAUCCACUUCUACGACAUCUACGAGGAGGCCACCAUCGACCGUUUUAAGGCCCAGGUCGAGAAGGCCGCCGCCAACUACGGCAUGCCCGUCUGGAUCACCGAGUUCGGCCUCAACACCGGCUCUGCUUCCGAGGAGCAGGCUGCUUCCUUCCUCAAGGAGGCUAUGGCUUACUGCGACUCGUCCGACAAGGUCCAGGGUUACUCGUGGUUCAUGGUUGGCACUGGCGAGAACCAGCUCAACACUGCUUCCGGCCUUUCGGCUGUUGGUCAGGUCUACGCUGGCUCCUCGUAAGGGAGUCUUAGUGUAGAGAUGAAGGGCGUUUCAUGAUUUUCUUGUACAUGGAUGAUAUACCCACGCAUUAUUGGGUUGUGUUUAUUCUUAAUUUCUUUUGUCUAACUGUAUUUAAGGGGGGCUUGGUGUAACGAAUUUUGGAUAAGAGGACUGAAUGCAAUGCAUCACAACUACUACACCG